UAAAGACUUCCCUUUCAUUUCAUUUGAUUUUAGUGGCUUUCUUCACCUAAAGUCACCACACCUAACUUACCAUUUCUUUCAUUACACGCUCUUUUAUCCAAUUGUCUUGACCAAGAAAAAGAAAUUUCAGUUCACACAAUCAAGAACUCAAUAUUCUCAUGGGAAUUAUGUCAAAACUCCCACUUCUUUUUCUCAUUCUUGUGGCUUCUACACAAAUAACCAAUGGAUUGAAUAAUCCAAGAAAACUUGAUGAGGCUAAUAUUGAGAACAAAUGUGGUGGAUGUCCAUGUAACAAUCCAUGUAAUCAACCAACUUCACCACCCCCACCACCACCAUCACCGCCACCACCAUCACCUCCACCACCAAAAAAGUCCCCAAGCGGAUACUGUCCUCCUCCUCCUCCUCUUCCUCCUUCCGAGGGUGGUGGUGAUGGUAGUGGUGGUGGAUAUAGUCCAAAUAUACCAAAUCCACAAUACAUAUACAUGAAUGGUCCUCCAGGGAAUUUGUACCCUGUUGAUCAAUAUUUUAAUGGUGCCAAAAGGGACUCUUCUAGCGGAUUUUCACUUUUGCUUGGUGGAUUUUUCUUGGGAUUGCUUACUUUGAGUUGAAUUUGAUGACGAUGUAAAGCGAGGAGUUUGAGCCUGAACUGGCGAACCAAUGUCACUUUUGGAACCAUACUUCCAAAUUCAGAAAAUUUAUGUGGAUGCAUCAAAUGUAACGAGUAUAUGAAGGAGAGCUAGCUGCAUAUUUCAAAAACAAGAAAUUUAGUGGCUAAGAAUAUUAUUUUAAUCAUUUUAGGUUAGUGCUAAUUAGAGUUAUUAUCUUAUAAUCGUCAUAUCCAUCUGUAUCACCCUAGCGCGACAACCCUUUAAUGUUCUUCUCUACCUUGUUUCUUUUUGUGAAUUUGUUGUCAGUAAUGUUUUUUCUUUUCAUAUUUAACCUAAUCAUAAAUCCUUUCUCUA